AUGGAAGAGGAUCAGCGACCAUGGACCAACGUAUGUCCAGAGCUCUUGGAUUCCAUCUACAAGAGACUUCCAUCCCACGUCGAUGGUACACACUUCGGCAACGUUUGUAAGAACUGGCAUCGAGUCCACUCCCGCAUCGCACUUUCUAAUCCACUACCGGUGUUCAUCAAACGUGCAAAAUUGACCAGCUCAGACGUCAUCCAGGUGCAAGAGGGUGGGCGACUUUUGCUAAAACGGCGUCGUGAAUCUCUAAUCCCGCAUUGGCUUUCGGCACUACCCACUGCUCCCGGCUCGAUGAUCCUCAUGGUGUAUGCAGACCUCUAUUUCAGCGUGCUUCGUCGUGGGAAAAAUGGAUUUGAGCAAAAAACAUAA